AUGAAAAGACGUUCUCCAGUCCUCAACACUACCACCGGAAUGGCUGUCGAUAAAGCGACCCUUCCAAUUCGGAGGGAUCACUUCAAGGCCUUGCUAAACCGGCAAGCGCCGUCAGCUCCUGAACUCACAGUUCAUAGGCCGACAUAUGCGGUUAACGAAGAACCACCGACCGAGUCGGAGGGUCUGGUCUGUAUACAACAGAUGAAAAAUGGAAAAUCUGGUAGAGGCGACGGAAUUGGCGCAGAAAUGCUGGAAUAUCUUCCUCCGUCUGGGAUUCGUGAGAUGACAGAGAUCAUCUGUUCAAUAUGGAUAGACGAAAGGAAUUGA